AUGUCUCCCACUUCAACCGGUACCUCGUCAGAUGCCAGCUCCCUGGUCAACGGCGUCAACAACAUCAAGCUCUCCGACCGCUCCAAGACCGACGCAGACAUUCUUAGUGAGAAAGCGCAUUAUGCGCCGCCCUGGGCCGAUGUCAGCAUCAUUGGCAUUGCAGGCAGCUCAGGCUCGGGCAAGUCAACACUCUCUCAGGCCAUCGUGAACAAGCUCAACCUGCCGUGGGUUGUAAUUUUGUCUAUUGAUUCCUUCUACAAGAACCUCACCCCCGAGCAGUCAAAGGCGGCCUUUCUCAAUGAGUACGACUUUGACUCUCCCGAUGCCUUGGACUUCGAUGCCCUAGUAGAGCGACUCCGUGACCUCAAAGCCGGCAAGCGUGCCGAGAUUCCCGUGUAUUCCUUUGAGAAGCAUGCCCGUCUGGACCGCACAACGUCCAUCUACUCGCCCCAUGUCCUUAUCCUUGAGGGCAUCUUUGCGCUUUAUGACCCCAGAGUCCUUGAACUGCUGGACAUGAAGUCGCAAGUAUUGCGCGACCAAAGAGAUCGGGGACGCGAUCUCGAGGGCAUCAUCAAGCAGUGGUUCAAGUUUGUCAAGCCUAACUUUGAGAAAAGGAAAGUGGCCGACAUCAUCGUUCCAAGGGGUGUAGAGAAUCAUGUCGCUAUGGCCAUGGUGACCCAAUUUAUCCAGCAGAAGCUGCUCGAAAAGUCAAAACAUCACCGUGCAGCCCUGACAAGACUUGAGAUUGGAGCACAUUCCGAGCCUAUGUCUAAGAAGGUUAAUGUGGUGAAACAGUCCCCUCAAAUUCGUGUUAUGAACACGAUCGUCCAGAACAUCGACACCUCGAGCGAAGACUUCAUAUUCUACUUUGACCGCCUAACUGCACUUCUCAUCGAGCAAGCCCUUAACCAAGUCCCAUUCGUCCCUGCAACAAUCACAACCCCCCAAGGCUGCACCUACGCCGGCCUCCGCGCCAAAGGCGAAGUCUCAGCUGUUCUCGUUCUCCGCGGCGGCGCAGCCCUCGAAACAGGCUUACACCGCGUCAUUCCCGACUGCAAGACCGGCCGCAUUCUGAUCCAAAGCAACAUUCGCACGGGCGAGCCCGAACUGCACUACCUAUCUUUGCCGCCCGACAUCGAUAAGCACGAAGCGGUAUUGUUACUCGAUGCGCAGAUGAGCAGUGGCGGAUCGGCGCUCAUGGCUGUGCGGGUGCUGCUGGAUCAUGGGGUGCGCCAAGAUCGGAUAGUGCUGGUUACGUUUACCGCCGGGAAGAUGGGACUGCAUCGGUUGACGAAGGCGUUCCCUGAGAUUAGUGUUGUUGUGGCGAAUGUCGUGCCGGAUCUUGAGGAGAGAUGGGUUGAGAAAAGGUACUUCCGGUGUUGA